CGUGAAAUAACUGAAAUAAUCUACCAGAAGUCCAUUAAGCCAGUGGAACAAAAUAAAGAUAAUAAUGUCACAACUACACAGACUACUCCUGUGGUUAAAACCACCACCACCACCACCACAACCACCAAAAGCACAACAUUAGAGAGUACAACCAAAGCAGCAGCUCCUGUGAUCCCAAACAAACCUGGGACUUCAGUAACGUAUCUCACAACAGGAGCAGAAUCCAUCACCGCAGCCCCAGUGACCACUUCCCCAGCUGAGACUAAAACUGCAGCUACCUCUACGUUAGCAGAGACUUCCACUUCUGCUCGUCUAACCUUCUCCCUAGCUGAGCCCACAGCACUAAUUAGCACUUCUGCAUCACCUCCAACCAAAAUAGCUGUUCCUGCUAGUUCAACAUCUGCUAUGACAAUUGCAGCCAUCUCUGGAACAGCAGAAACAUCCGCAUCUCCUCUAGAGACCACUUUCCCAGCUGUUUGCCAACCUCAACCCCGCUCCAGCAAUUGAACAUUUCACAGUGAACUUCACCUAAACAAUCUCCAGUAUGAUUCAAACUCGGACUCCUCAUUCUACCAGUUCAUGCUACUGGAGAGGGUCUUGAUCUCUUUGCUCAACCCAUUUUGAGGACAGCAGCAUCGGCCCAGCUUACUUAGAUGUGAAGUGAUGACUUACAGAGCAGUGAGAGCUGGGAAUGACACCGGUGUAGAUGCCAUCUGCACCUACAGGCGCGACUCCACUGCUCCCCCCUUUGAGAGUGGGCGUUAUCAUGAAAUCAGCAACAAGACAAAUGGUAUCACCACGCUGGGCCCCUACACCCUGGACAAGGACAGCCUCUAUGUCAAUGAAUACAAUGAAGCACUUCUUGGACCAACUCUGAGUCUAACUACCCCACAAAGUCCAACAGCUGUGCAUUUCCCACUGAACUUCACCUUAACCAACCUCCGCUACACCACAGACAUGGGGACACCGGGUUCCCUCAAAUUCAAUUCUACAGAGAAAAGAAUACUGUAUUAUAUUGAGCCUCUGUUCAGAAACAGCAGCAUUGGCCCUGUCUACACUGGAUGCAAAGUGAUGGCGUUUAGGUCUGUGAAGAACAGGGACACUGGGAUUGCUGCUGUCUGCAGCUACAAAAACAACCCCACAGUCGCCACGUUUGACAGAGUGAAGCUUUAUCGUGAGUUGAGUGGCAUGACAAAGGGCAUCACCAAGCUAGGACCCUACACCCUGGAGAUUAACAGCCUUUAUGUGAAUGGCUUCCGCCUUUCAGACAUAGCUAACUACAAAACCUCCUCCCACGGUGGCUCCAGAGAAUGUGGGGUAUCUGCUCAACUUCAAAAUAAUCAAUGUAAACCUAACCAACACAGACCCGAAGUCUUUGGCCUAUCAAGCAUUACAGAAAGACAUUGCAGACAAGAUGUAACCAGCUGUACAAAAAGAGUGAACUUCAGGCAGAUUCCUGAUCUGCAGCGUCACAGGCUUGAGGAUUGGCUCUGUAGUGGUCGACUGCCAAUGCUACUUCAAGUCAGCACCCAAUCACAGCGAGGAGACCGUUCUAAGCACAUUUCAGGAUGGAACGAAGAAUGCAAGCGCACAAUGGCUGGGGGACAGCUACCAGCUGCAGGGAGCCAGGGUGAAUGUUUUGGAGCCAGUUAUUAAGCCAGUGACUCAGCCUCCCCGUCAGUGCUGAGCAAGAGACUUUCAGGUUACUCUUCACCAUCACUAACCUCUUCUACUCGUCAGAACUGAAACAACCCAAUUCAAAUUCUCAUCGACUGAAUAAGCAGAAGAUUGAGAAAGCGCUUGACAAUAUUUUCAGAAAUAGCAGCAUCCAGAAGUACUUCACUGGCUGUUCAGUUGAAAGCUUUAG